GGUGUCUUUUGAAGGCUGCUUUUUUUAACAUCUGAAGUUUUUCUUUAGGGGAUGUUGAAGUAGGAGCAAAAAAAAAAAGCCAAAUUGAUGGAAAUAUUUUUAAAGACAUUUUAUAUGUAUAUAUAUUUUAUACCUGGAAAUAUGUGUGACAUUACAAAUUUGUAGCAUUUAACAGAUGUAUUCAUAGUUGUUUAUUUUAAAAAAUCAAUUCGAGAAUUUUCCUGUUUGUUCCUUUCUGGGGAGUCCCCAACUCACAUCUCUCUUGCCUUUAAUUUGGGUGUUUUGAAUUUCCACCCUGUUUUUCUGCAGAAACAUGGGACUAGGAAUCUUGUUGUGUGUAAAGGGGCUUGCUUUAUCCUCAGUGUGGACAAAAGUUUAUGUAGUAAUGCUGAAAGAGAACUCAACCAUAUUUUUACUUUGGCAUAUCUGGCACCUUCCUCUGCCUAAUUGUGGGUGGUGGGAGAUACAGACCCUUUAUGUUCUAACCUGUGUGUGCCUUUUGUGUUGCUGGUGCUGUAUGGCAGAGAGUGGGUAAUAAGUAGGACAUGGGAAGACAAUAUACUGGAGUGGUGGUAAAAAUACAGCUAAAAAUGAGCUGUGAGGAAGGAUCAGCAAAAGCUGAAAACUGGGAAGGGAAGGGGAGUUUGGGACAUGGGGAAAACUCUGGGCACUGGGCACUGGGCACUCUGAGCAGGCAAGAGGUGCUGUUGCAGGUAUCUUGGCAUGAGAAAUGCCACCCUUUUCCUUUCUGUCCAGGCACUCAUUGUGUGGUUGAAGGAAGAGGAUUUGAGCUGAGGAUUUGUGCACGCCGAAUGUUGCUGGUGAAGGUGGAGAUUCCACUGUGGUGUCUGGUUAGGAUAGCCAACUGCUGGUACAUGAGGCCUCUCUUGAUUGUGUGUUCACGUGGGCAGGCAGUCUGUUCUCUCUCUCCUCGGUGUCCUGAAAGGAAAGUAAAAUCUAUCUCUCUGUAGUGAAUAUCAGUCAUCAAAUGUCUAAGUUGUCUGCCUGGCUCAGAUUAAGCCUGCUACCUACCUCUUCCCUUCUUCCCCACCCACCAAAGCCUUUGUAGCCCUGGUCAAUUAUGCCCCUGGCAUUUUGGCUGGCCUAGGCUCCAUUAUGUAACCUCUUCCUCCCUGGCUGGGAGUAUCGCUGAGGUUCUGUACAGGGAUUGGGACCUCCUCCUCCUGGUGUGGGAGUGGGGGUAGAAAAUUUGGAUUUUUAUUAGGCAAUGAAAGGUUAUAAAUAGUUCCCAUUGUUAACUUUUCUCCCUUGCUCAAAGCAGAAUUGGCCACCUUUCUUGACGAAAGGAAAUGUUCUUACGCUUGGCCGUGGGCUGAGCUAAAUUUCAAAUGCGGCAAUUGGUCUUGCUGGAGUGGCCUGAAGUUUGCAUGUGUGCUCACUCCUGAGACCUGAGCUUUCUGAUUUGGCAUCUUUAGUCUCCAUGGGGACCAAAAUUAUGAGAUCUAUGGGCUACAAAUACAGGACCAGACAUUUCGGUUUCGCCUGAAAUUAAGAAGCAGGGUAUGUUUUCAUUUUUGUUAAGUGUCUCGGGAGCAGGUGUAGUUCACGUCUGUGGGUGCAUGGUCUUGCCUGAAGAUAGCCAUGAUGUUGGUGGAUGCCACAGCAGGGUGAGCUUUCUCUUGGUUGAUGAGGAGAGGUGGCUGCCUAACAAAGUCAAACAGGACAAUUAGUAUAGAAUGGUAUGUUUUGUAAUCCCCAUGGAGUCCCUUAAAUUUCAGUGGGGUUAAUUAAGUCUGCCAUGUCAAAGUGUAAAUUUUAUCCAGAUCACUGAACCCAAAGAAAAUGAUAGAGCCAACUAAAACUAACUGAGUUUGAGUGUUAACCCGGGCGUGUACAGAUACAUGAUGGGCAGACCCUCAUUUUUAGGGUUUAAUAUCAGCAUCAUCACUUAAGUUUUACUUUAAAAUGUGGUCUUCUGUUAUCUAUAUUUCCUUUGGACAUUCUUGUUUAAGUUUCUAAGACACUUUUCUGGGUGCUGUCAAUAAUAGCAUGCCAGUAUUCACCAGACUAACAGACUCCACUGAAAACAGCUCCUUGUGAAGUGCUUUUGAAAUUUCCCAUGGACUCAUGAAAUAUCAAGUUAUUCCUAAAUGUUUGAAAUACUUUCCUGCUUCACUUUUGCUUUGGUCAUGUAGCUCCAUCAACUCUUGAUUCUUAGCUCUCUGUUUGGAUUUUAAAUCAAAGGAAAACAAACCAAAGAACAUUUUGAAUUUGCUUAUUUAUAAGUAAUUGCAUUUAUGUGUGAUGCACGUUUUAGCCUUCUGGGAAGUGUGGGUUCAAUGAUGUAAGAAGAUGAAUUUUUUUUUAUAAGCAAAUAACUUGUUUCUUAAAGUUUGCAAGCUGAGCACUGUAGCUCACACCUGUAAUUCCAGUGAUUCAGGGGGUCGAGGCGGGAGGAUUGCUUGAGACUGGGAGUUUGAGAACAGCCUGAGCAGCAUAGUGAGACCUUGUCUCUUUAAAAAAGAAAGGAAGGAAGGAAGAAAGGAAGGAAAGGAAGGAGUUUGCACUCACCUGCAAACAUCUUUAGGAAAAACAUUCUGUCUUAGUGUGUUUAAAUAUAUUUGAAACACAGCAUUUUCUACUCUAGGAAAAAUGGAUGACUUAAUAAAAUCAUCAAACAAAAUACAAAGCCCAUUUUCGUGUCAAAUAGUCCUAAUAAGCUGUGUGUCAGAUAGAAUAAGUUCUUAACGAGUAAGCUUCCUAUUGCUAAAUCAACAUGUUGUUUAGGGGAAAACUCAUUUACUCACAAACAAUAUCUGCGUUAAGGGGAAAAAAACCUUCAGAUACAUUAGAGAUGAUGAUUAUAACAGGAUCUACGCUUUAUUUCUUUGAUUUAGGGGCUACCAUAAUUUAUUUAGGUUUGCAUUAAUAUAUUUCUAGCUACUUGGGCAAGUUUUGAGGAGGGGUGAGAAAGUUUUUCGUCUCAUAAGUCAUUGCUCUGUGAAGAUCAAUCUCAAAAUAUGAUGAAACUUUUUUUUAAAUGAUAUCUUCAUGUCAGUCAGUGACGAAACUUUUUUCCUAAGCAAAUAAAGCAAAUAAAUCUGACUAAGCAAAUAAAGCUAACACAUAUGAAAGAGCAGAAUAAUUCAAUGUCAAACUAUCUUCUGGGAGGAGAGGGUCUUUAGUUACAUGCUUAAGCAAAUAUUUUGACACCUUAUGUUUUUUAUUACCAUUUUAGAUGGUCAAACAGAUAUAGAGGAUUAAAGAGGUAUAAAGCAUAAAGGGGCUGGGUGUGGUGGCUCGCCCUUAUAAACCCAGCACUUUGGGACGCCAAGACAGGAGGACUGCUUGAGCCUAGGAGUUUGAUACCAGCCUGGACAAUGUAGUAAGGCCUCAUAUCAACAAAAAGUCAAAAAAUUACCCAGAUAUAGCGGUGCACCUCUCUGGUCCCAGCUACUCAGGAUGCUGAGGUGGGAGGAUUCUUGAGCCAGGGAGGUGGAAGCUGCGGUGAGCCAUGAUCACACCAUUAUACUGCAGCCUGGGAGACAGAGUGAGAACCUGUCUCAAAAAAAAAAAAAAAGAAAGAAAAAAAGAAUAUGAUUGAAGAAAAUGCAUAGUCAUGUUUUAUUUCUUAAAACCCUUUCUUUCCCAAGAGGUAACCUCGAUCCUGCUUUAAUUUUCAGCUUCUUAGAAUGGCAAUGCAACAUUCAACCAAUGGUUGAAUGAGGUUUUAUUUGAUGGAAGUACAGAAAAGGGGCAUACCUGGUAUGUGUGCAUAGAAGAGAGACUCUUGGAAGUAGAGUAUCCAUUCAUUCUGCAUUUCCUUGAAUAAGUAUUAAAUUUCUAUGCUGUGAAAAACCACUAUGCUAAAUGCUAUUUGAGAUGGGUUAUCAAGCAUGGGUCCUGUCUUUAUGGAGCCUUAGAGUCUGGCAGGGGAUUAGGGACCUGUAUACAGAGUGACUGUAAUAAAGGAGGAAGUAAUGACUAAUCCAAGCUGUGUGAUGAACUAGGAGUUCAGCAGAUGGAGAUUCUCUUUUUUUUUUUUUUUUUUUUUUUUUUUUUUUUUUUUUUUUUUUUUUUUUUUUGAGAUGAAGCUUCACUCUUGUUGCCCAGACUGGAGUGCAGUGGCACAGUCUCGGCUCACUGCAAUGUCCGCCUCCUAGGUUCAAGCUAUUCUUUUGCCUCAGCCUCCUGAGUAGCUAGGAUUACAGGCACCCGCCACCACACGCUAAUUUUUGUAUUUUUAGUAGAGACAGAGUUUUGCCAUGUUAACCAGGCUGGUCUCAAACUCCUGACCUCAGGUGACCCACCCGCCUUAGCCUCCCAAAGUGCCAGGAUUACAGGUGUGAACCACUAUGCUUGGCCAGCAGAUGGAGAUUCUGAGCAUGGAAAAACUUAAUUGGAGCUAUGCCUUAAGAUUUACCUGUUGUCUUAGUUCAGGCUGCUAUCACAAAAAUACCAUAAACUGAGUGGUUUAUAAACAACAGUAAUUUAUUCCUUAGAUUUGUGCAGGAUGGAAAGUCCAAGGUACUCUACAGAUUUGGGGUCUGGCAAAGGCCUACUUGCUGGUUCAUAGACAGCCAUCUUUUUGCUGUAACCCCAUUUAGUGGAACGGACAAACAGGCUCCCUCAUUUAUAAGGACACUAAUCCCAUUCAUGAGACACAGACAUUCAGACUACAGUAUGUGGCAACAGAGUAGGAUGAGUGGGACUGGAAAGAGACUAGGGUUGAGAAUGAUUAAAAAAUUGUUUUAGUAGUUAAGUGAGAGGAUAAAGUCUCAAAUUAGAUCAGGUUCAGUGAAGAAGAGGUGGUGAAUGGAAGAUUCUUGAGGAAUUGCAAGGACCUGGGAACUGGAAAAGACAGAGACAACAACUCCACGCCUUUAAGACCGCAUUAAGGGACACUGGAGGAGUGGGGACUGUGUUUUGGUUUGAGUUCAGUUUCAGGCAUGUGGACUUCGAAGUGCUGGUGGAACAUCUUGGCAAGUGUCCAGCCACCAGUUGGAAAAUCAAACUGGGUCUCAAGAAAGAGCUCAGGAUAUAAACUGGUCAGCCAUUUGCUUGGAAGUAAUACUAUGAGACUAGGCAAGUUACAGUAGGGAAACAGGUUGUUGACAAAAGAGGGCUGAGAAACUAGUAUUUCAUUUGUGAGCUGGGACUAAGGUGCAAGGAUCAUCAGCAAGAGGGACAAGAAAAGACCACACAAGACCACAGUAUUCUGGUAAUCAUGAAUUUUUCCGUCUGUGUGUCUCUUACAACAAUUGCCACUUUCUACCUUGCAGGACAGAGUGCUUGCAAGGCCAUAGAUCUACAGGAAAAUCAAAAGAGAAGGUGUACUACAAAAAAGGAAAAAGAAAAAUUAAUGUGCUUAACACGGCUGUUUCAGGAGACUUGUGAAGGUCUGUGAGUUGAAGUUAUAGAAGCAAAGGCCGAUAAUGAACCGAGCUGUUCGCCGGCAGCUCAAGAACUGUUGACAAGGCUGGGAUUUUUACUGGGAGAAGGGAUCCCAAGUGCCACACACAUAACCAUUGAAGACAAAAAUGAAACCAUGUGCACAGCUGUGAGUCAAGGCAUCAGUCCUUGCUCCACACUAACAAGCAGCACCGCAUCUCCUAGCACCGAUAGCCCCUGCUCAACCUUGAAUAGCUGUGUCAGCAAGACGGCAGCCAACAAAAGUCCCUGUGAGACCAUUAGCAGCCCUAGUUCCACCCUGGAAAGCAAGGACAGUGGAAUUAUAGCCACAAUUACAAGUUCAUCCGAAAAUGAUGACCGGAGUGGCUCCAGUUUGGAAUGGAAUAAAGACGGAAGCUUAAGAUUAGGGGUUCAGAAGGGAGUGCUUCAUGACCGCAGGGCAGAUAACUGCUCCCCAGUGGCAGAAGAGGAGACCACCGGGUCAGCAGAGAGCACGCUGCCCAAAGCAGAAUCCUCAGCUGGAGAUGGUCCAGUCCCUUAUUCUCAGGGCUCCAGCUCACUAAUAAUGCCACGGCCCAACUCAGUUGCAGCAACAAGCUCAACCAAAUUGGAAGAUCUGAGUUAUUUAGACGGGCAGAGAAAUGCUCCUCUACGGACGUCAAUUAGAUUACCAUGGCACAAUACGGCUGGAGGUAGGGCACAGGAAGUUAAAGCACGAUUUGCUCCCUACAAGCCACAAGACAUUUUGUUGAAACCCUUGUUGUUCGAAGUACCAAGCAUAACAACAGACUCUGUGUUUGUGGGAAGGGAUUGGCUCUUUCACCAGAUAGAAGAAAACUUGAGGAACACAGAACUGGCAGAAAACAGAGGCGCGGUGGUGGUUGGCAAUGUGGGAUUUGGGAAGACGGCAAUCAUUUCCAAGUUGGUGGCCCUGAGCUGCCAUGGAAGCCGCAUGAGGCAGAUUGCUUCCAACAGCCCAGGUUCAUCACCUAAAACCUCUGACCCCACUCAGGAUCUUCCUUUCACCCCGUUGCUUUCACCGCGUUCUUCCACAAGUGCUUCCAGCACAGCUAAAACACCUCUUGGGUCUGUCAGUGCUGAAAACCAGAGACCAAGAGAGGAUGCAGUGAAAUAUCUUGCUUCUAAGGUGGUGGCCUACCACUACUGCCAGGCUGACAACACAUACACUUGCCUGGUGCCCGAGUUUGUGCACAGCAUUGCAGCUUUGCUCUGCCGGUCCCAUCAGCUGGCCGCCUACAGAGACCUUCUGAUAAAGGAGCCCCAACUACAGAGCAUGCUGAGCCUCCGAUCCUGUGUGCAGGACCCGGUGGCAGCUUUCAAGAGGGGAGUGCUGGAGCCACUCACAAACCUGAGAAAUGAGCAGAAAAUUCCUGAAGAAGAAUACAUUAUUUUGAUAGAUGGCUUAAAUGAAGCUGAGUUUCAUAAACCUGAUUAUGGAGAUACGCUUUCUUCAUUUAUUACCAAAAUUAUUUCUAAAUUUCCUGCCUGGUUGAAGUUGAUUGUGACUGUAAGAGCAAAUUUUCAGGAAAUCAUAAGUGCGCUGCCAUUUGUCAAGCUUUCCUUAGAUGACUUCCCAGACAACAAAGACAUCCACAGUGACCUGCAUGCCUACGUCCAGCACAGGGUGCACAGCAGCCAGGACAUCCUCAGCAACAUCUCCCUGAACGGCAAGGCCGAUGCCACGCUCAUUGGAAAAGUGAGCAGCCACCUGGUGCUGCGGAGCCUUGGCUCAUACCUGUACCUCAAGCUCACCCUGGACCUCUUCCAAAGGGGCCACUUGGUCAUUAAGAGUGCCAGCUACAAGGUGGUGCCCGUGUCUCUCUCUGAGCUCUAUUUGCUUCAGUGCAACAUGAAGUUCAUGACCCAGUCCGCCUUUGAGAGGGCACUUCCGAUUCUCAACGUGGCCCUCGCAUCCCUCCACCCCAUGACAGACGAGCAGAUCUUUCAGGCUAUUAAUGCCGGCCACAUCCAGGGGGAGCAGGGAUGGGAAGACUUUCAGCAGAGGAUGGACGCCCUCUCCUGCUUCCUCAUUAAGAGGCGAGACAAAACCCGCAUGUUCUGCCACCCGUCCUUCAGGGAGUGGCUUGUUUGGAGAGCAGACGGGGAAAACACGGCCUUCCUGUGUGAGCCCAGGAACGGGCACGCACUCCUGGCAUUCAUGUUCUCGCGUCAGGAGGGCAAGUUGAACCGCCAGCAGACCAUGGAGCUCGGCCACCACAUCCUGAAGGCGCACAUUUUCAAGGGCCUCAGUAAGAAGACGGGAAUUUCUUCAAGCCAUCUCCAAGCCCUGUGGAUCGGCUACAGCACUGAGGGGCUGUCCGCCGCCCUGGCCUCUCUCAGGAAUCUCUAUACUCCCAACGUGAAGGUGAGCCGUCUCCUGAUUUUGGGAGGGGCCAACGUGAACUACAGGACAGAAGUGUUAAAUAAUGCCCCAAUCCUGUGCGUCCAGUCUCACCUUGGCCACGAGGAAGUUGUCACUCUGCUCCUGGAAUUUGGUGCCUGCCUGGACGGAACGUCGGAGAACGGCAUGACUGCCCUCUGUUACGCAGCAGCUGCUGGCCACAUGAAGCUGGUGUGUCUGCUGACCAAGAAGGGAGCGAGGGUGGACCACUUGGAUAAGAAGGGCCAGUGUGCGCUUGUCCACAGUGCCCUACGGGGCCAUGGUGACAUUCUCCAGUACCUGCUGACCUGUGAGUGGUCGCCGGCUCCGCCCCAGCCAGGCGCCCUGAGGAAGAGCCACGCCCUGCAGCAGGCGCUGACUGCGGCCGCCAGCAUGGGCCACAGCUUGGUGGUCCAGUGCUUGCUGGGGAUGGAGAAGGAACAUGAAGUAGAAGUCAAUGGCACCGAUACAUUGUGGGGAGAAACAGCCCUGACUGCCGCCGCAGGAAGAGGGAAGCUGGAGGUCUGUGAGCUGCUGCUGGGGCGUGGAGCUGCUGUGUCGCGGACAAACAGGAGAGGGGUUCCACCUUUGUUUUGUGCAUCACGCCAGGGGCAUUGGCAGAUUGUUAGACUGCUGUUGGAACGCGGCUGUGAUGUGAACCUAAGUGACAAGCAAGGCCGGACGCCCCUCAUGGUGGCUGCUUGUGAAGGGCACUUGAGCACCGUGGAAUUCCUCCUUUCAAAAGGUGCAGCCCUUUCUUCUCUAGACAAAGAGGGUCUGUCAGCAUUAAGCUGGGCUUGUCUGAAAGGUCACAGGGCAGUGGUCCAGUAUCUGGUUGAAGAAGGAGCUGCAAUAGACCAGACAGACAAGAAUGGCCGCACACCCUUGGACCUGGCCGCCUUCUAUGGCGAUGCCGAGACUGUGCUGUACCUGGUGGAGAAGGGAGCCGUGAUUGAGCAUGUGGACCACAGCGGGAUGCGGCCCUUGGACAGAGCCAUCGGCUGCCGGAACACAUCUGUAGUGGUGGCGCUACUCAGAAAGGGAGCCAAAUUAGGAAAUGCUGCUUGGGCGAUGGCCACUUCCAAACCUGAUAUCUUGAUUAUACUUUUACAGAAAUUAAUGGAGGAAGGAAAUGUGAUGUACAAAAAAGGGAAGAUGAAAGAGGCAGCCCAGAGGUACCAGUAUGCUUUAAGAAAGUUUCCUCGAGAAGGAUUCGGAGAGGACAUGAGACCCUUCAAUGAAUUAAGGGUUUCCCUCUAUCUCAAUUUGUCACGAUGCCGAAGAAAAACAAAUGACUUUGGCAUGGCAGAGGAAUUUGCUUCCAAGGCUCUCGAACUGAAGCCCAAGUCCUAUGAAGCCUUUUAUGCCAGAGCAAGAGCGAAGAGAAAUAGCAGGCAAUUCGUGGCAGCUCUGGCUGACCUGCAAGAGGCUGUGAAACUCUGUCCCACCAAUCAGGAAAUCAAGAGGCUUCUGGCCCGCGUAGAAGAGGAGUGCAAACAACUCCAGAGGAGUCAACAGCAAAAACAGCAGGGCCCGCCACCAGCUCCACCCAACGACUCCGAGAACGAAGAGGACACCCCAACCCCUGGCUUAAGUGACCACUUUCACUCUGAGGAGACUGAAGAGGAAGAAACUUCUCCCCAGGAAGAAUCUGUCUCCCCAAUUCCCAGGUCCCAGCCAUCCUCAUCUGUCCCUUCCCCAUAUAUCCGAAACCUUCAAGAAGGGUUACAGUCCAAAGGAAGGCCAGUAUCGCCACAGAGCAGGGCAGGAAUCGGCAAGCCCCUGAGAGAGCCUGUGGCCCAGCCAGGGCUGGUCCUGCAGCCCUCCAAGCAGGCCCAGAUCGUGAAAACCAGCCAGCACCUGGGCUCCGGCCAGUCGGCAGUGAGAAAUAGCAGCAUGAAAGUUCAGAUCUCUUCUCAGAACCCUCCUCCAAGUCCCAUGCCAGGGAGAAUCGCUGCUGCUCCUGCUGGGAGCAGAACCCAGCAUUUAGAGGGAACAGGUACUUUCACUACAAUAGCUGGUUGUGGCCACUUUGGGGAUCGGCAGGGCCCCAGCCAGAAUGUCCGCCUGCAGUGCAGUGAGAGUGGCCCUGCACACCCCUUACCAAGUAAGACGAAAGCCACAGAGAGGCUUCUGUCUCAUUCCUCCGUAGCUGUGGACGCAGCCCCUCCAAACCAAGGUGGGCUGGCGACCUGCAGCGACGUGCGACACCCAGCUUCCCUCACCAGCUCAGGCUCUUCUGGUUCUCCAUCCAGCAGUAUAAAGAUGUCAAGUUCAACCAGUAGUUUGACUUCGAGCAGCAGUUUUUCAGAUGGCUUCAAGGUCCAAGGACCAGAUACUCGAAUUAAAGACAAGGUUGUAACCCACGUUCAGAGCGGUACAGCUGAGCACAGACCCCGCAACACGCCGUUCAUGGGCAUCAUGGAUAAGACUGCAAGGUUCCAACAGCAGAGCAAUCCUCCAAGCCGCACCUGGCACUGUCCGGCGCCAGAGGGGCUACUGACAAACACGUCUUCUGCAGCUGGCCUGCAGUCUGCUAACACUGAGAAGCCCUCUCUCAUGCAAGUGAGAGGAUAUAAUAACCAAGCCAAAACCUGUUCCAUUUCUACCCUGAGUGCAAGUGUCCACAAUGGGGCACAGGUGAAGGAGCUAGAAGAAAGCAAGUGCCAAAUUCCAGUCCACUCUCAAGAGAACAGGGUAACUAAGACUGUUUCUCAUCUGUACCAGGAAAGUAUCUCCAAACAGCAGCCUCAUAUCAGUAAUGAAGCCCACAGGAGCCACCUCACUGCAGCCAAACCAAAGCGAUCAUUCAUAGAGUCAAAUGUGUGAGCCUUAAGAAAGCCCCAUUUGUGGAAUUUGGAAACGUGUGUUGACUCCUGGUGGUAAAUUAAAUAGUUUUUUUCAUCAGAAAAAUUAUUUUUUAGCCAUUUUUUUUUUCUUUGGGGUGGAUCUGAUGCCAUUGAUAUAUCUAAAAUGUGGGAUAAAACUUCUUUAAUAGCUAGAAAUCACCAUAAGAAUGCUAAACAGAAUUGAAAAUUAUAUCAACUUAAAAUUUUAAGAUAGCCCAGAAGACAUUAACUAAUGACUUUCACUUAUGAAAUUGUUUGGCUUUUGCCACUUUCCUCCUUGCCUUUGCUAUGUGGUAAAAUCACAGAACUUACUUAGAAAAUAAAUAUGUCUGUUGUUCAAGAGUGGCAGGUUUAGCUCAUGACCAAGUGAUGUACAUCCAAGUGAUGUAUUCUGGAAACGAUGGAAUUUUACAGUUACAGUUCCAUUGAGUCAAAUCCCAUUUUAUAUAUACAUAAAAAUUAAGUUCUGAGUGAGUUCUAGCUAAAUAUAAGUGUGACUGUAAACACAGCCAAUUUUUUUAAGCAAAAUAUGAGAACACCUAAGUAUUGUUCCCUUCAUAGCAGUUCCUAUAAAGGGAUUAAACACUUAUUUAUUUCUGUGUUAUGGUUCUUAUUCAUAUAUUUUUAUAGCACCUUUUUUUUGGAACCUAUAUUUGUGCUUGAAGGUGUUUUUGAUAUUUGGAAACAGUAUAAGCCAUUUGGAAUCAUGAUUGGUGGUCAAGUGGAUUCAAGCUAAAAUACUAAGACCAGCAUUCUUAGUGGCGCUUAUAAAUUAGCUCUCACCUGGUUUCCAAACUGCUUUUAACAAUGGUAGUGCUCCUGGAACAAUCCUUCCAAGCUCCUCUAAGGACAAUAUUUAAUUCAGAUACUAAAGGUAGGACUGGUUGUUACUUUUGUUUUGUUGUACAAUUAGUACUUUAUAGUCACAUGUUGUAUAUAUUAAAUAGCCCAGUUUUAUUCAGACUUGUAAAUAGAACUAUUUCAGUGUAGUUAAUCUAAAAAGAAAAAAGAAAACCCCAGUCAUGAUUUGCAUGUUCUCUGUAAGCUUCAUCCAUGCUGGUUAUUGCACUGAAUGAUAUGUUAUUAUGGCAUGUUAACAGUAUACCAGUAACAGCACUUUAUCUCACUUAUAUGAACACCUUUGAGGUGCUACUUAAGUCCAAGCUAAUGUAUUAUUCAUUUGUAAAGAUAAGGUACAGGAAUGAACCUUGGUUUAAAGGUAUUUUUAUAUGAAAAUGGUGUGUUAUUGGAAGAUGUUAAAAUGCUAAUUUGAGAGAAGUAGGAGUGUAUUUGUUUUAUAUGUUGGGAUGUGAAACUUAUUUUCUAAAAUUGAGGAGAAGCAAGUUAUAUAUUUGCAGAAUGUUUUAAAAUGAAUCGUUGUAAUGAAGUUCCUGUGAACAUCAUUAUGGUUUUGUACAAAUAGGAACCUCUGAUGUCAUUCUUCAACGUUUGUUCCUGUAUGUACAAUUGUACUUUGUAUGAACAGCUUUAUCAUUUUUCAUAGGCUUUCUAUGAGUUUUGCUGUAACUACUAUGGCUUAUUUAUUUUCUUUAAUAUUUGUGAAAGUCUUACUCCUUUGUUAGUUUUAUUUCUGCACAACUACUGUACUUUUCCAUAUGGAAUAAAGACUAUUAAUAGAAUGU